UGUUGAACUAAAUCCAUUCUACUCGCUAUCACUAGUUAAGCCUACAAACUACAAAGCAGAUAAAUUCAAUAACUUUCUUUGAAGUAAAAUUUAUUAGGAUUCCUCUUCACUGCAUUCCUCCAAGAACGGCAGGCAUAACGCCUUUCCGUCCAUCACAAUUCCAUCGAGCGAAUGUCAAAGCAUUUGUUUACAAGCGCUCUGCAAUUCGGGCGCCGUUUUCUAGGAACGCUGCUCGUAGCUGAAAAUAUUUGCAAAAAACAGAUUUAUUGGUCGUGUAAAGUGGCUACACGGUUAAAAUUGAGACACACCACGCUUCGGCCGCAAGAUGAUCGAUGUGGAUCAGCCCUGCCGCGUAUGUCUGUCGGAAGGCACGUGGAACAUCUUCAGCAGCAAUGUUAUCAACGACAGUCUGUGCACCGUCGCGUCCAUCAACCACAUCCGAGACAAGCUGCAGUACGUGACACAGCUCCAGGUGGACGCAAACGAUGGUUUACCAUUGCGGAUUUGCGAACUGUGCAUCGUGCAGCUAAACUUGGCCUAUCGCUUCAAACAACUUGCGGCCGAUUCGGACAGCAAGUUGCGAGAGCAGUACAGAGCAAAAGACACGCCACCACAGUGCGCAAUCGAGGAUGCACUUAUCGUCGAGGCUAUGAUACAGGAAGAUUCGGAAGGUUUCUCAUUUCCGACAAAGCAAGAGCGAGAUGAUUGCACCAGCGAAAUAAGCCUAGGGCCCACAGUUGUGCACGAACCUUCGACCGAACAUUACGCCCGCAUAAACGAAGCGAGCAUGUUUAAUGGCCCUAUGACUCCCGAUCCCGGCACCCUACCGGGGAUGGUGUACCUGCAAAAGGAUAUAAUCAAUCCUGCCGAAGAUGAAGCGUUCAUCAAUGACAUCAUCAAGAAGGAGGUGAUUUCGAUACCGUGGCCAAUCGUUAACGACUGUACAUCGAGCGCCGGUGAGGGGUCUGCGUCGAAAAGAACACCUACACCACCGAAGCAGUCCAGUGGUGGCAAGCGGAAGAAAUCACGCAAAUCUCCGCUGAAACGGCGAAGACUUUCGGCAAGUGAGGGAGAAGCAAUGGAUGGGUUAGAAAAAAAUUUACAACUGCAACAACAGUUAGCAAAAAAGGCGAAAAAACGCCGAACGGCAGUGGUGGUGCCCGAAACAACGGCGAAUAGAACUGAAGCACCAACGGGUACUACUGCCGGUAGCGCAAAGCAUGGAUUAGAAAAUCGUUUACAAACGCAGCAACAGUUGGCAAAAAAGGAGGAAAAACAGCCCACAGGACCUCAAACCCCAACGGACAGCGGCGGUGAAGAGAAGGAUAGCUCGAAACCGUCAAAGGCAACGUUGCGUAAAAGGCGGCUGCAGAAAGUGUUGGACAGCUUGCGGAUCGAUAUGGUGGAAGAUAAGCUGCGAGAACGGCACAGCUUGCAAUCGGGCCACACCAGCCAAGGGAUAUUGCCGCUUCUGAGCUCUUCGAUGAAGCGCCGCAAUUCGAUCUGUGUUUCGGUCCUACCGCCGUGGAUGUAGACUUGCGGAAAAGUGUGUCUGCUGGGAAAUGGAACGAACGAACGGUUGAACAAGUUUUGAAACGUAUUUCGAGGACGGUCAUGUACCAUUCCAUUGGCAAGUUAGCUUUAUCUUUAUUACGUUUGUAGUGUCAUCUGUUCCAUGUACGUAUUUUGCAAGUUGUAUUGUUUAUGUGUAAGAAGUGGACGCGCAUUCCUACCCUUUCGGCAGUUUCCAAUUACAUGAGUCUUUUGUAUACUAAAGAGUAGAACUACACCCCUGUAGUGAUAGACAGCUAAAACCCAAUCAAACACAACUCCAUGACGAUCCAACCAUCGUUUUGUAGGAAAAACAUAUUAUUCCUAACACCCUUAGAGAGGAAAUGAGGUGGAGAACUGGAACGAAGCGAUCGCCCGCUCUAGACGUAGUAUAUAAAAAGACGAACAAAUGAACCUCGAAGUACAUGUAAGUUUUGUGAAUUAGAAUAAAGAUUGUAUCGAGCGUUAUUGGACAA